AUGGCUCUAGCCAAGUUCCUUGCGUGGGUGUUUUGUAUGAUAUUGGUUCAUUGCCAACUACAAUGUUGCCAUGGAGCAGAGACUGUAAAAGGUAUUGGUGUCAAUUGGGGUACACAAGCAUCUCACCCCUUGGAUCCUCCCAUUGUAGCAAAGAUGGUGCAGGACAAUGCAAUUAAAAAGGUAAAGCUUUUUGAUACAGAUUCUUGGGCAGUAAGUGCUUUUUCUGGCACGGACAUUGAACUCAUGGUUGGAAUUCCUAAUAAUCAAUUGAAGAAACUAUCUAAAAGUAUGAAACAUGCAGAGAAUUGGGUUAAACACAAUGUGACCAAACACAUGCACGAUGGAGGGGUUAACAUAAGAUACGUAUCUGUUGGAAAUGAACCGUUCUUGUCAAGUUACAAUGGUUCAUAUGAAACGACCACAUUUCCAGCUAUGGAAAAUAUUCAAAAGGCUAUUGAUAAGGCUGGUUUUGGUGACAGAAUAAAGGUGACUACGGCUUUAAAUGCUGAUGUUUAUGAGUCUCGUUCAGACAAGCCAUCAGAUGGAGAAUUUCGCAAGAAUGUUUAUGAUGUUAUGAAACAAAUAGUGCAGUUUCUUGAUGAAAGGAAGUCACCAUUUGUUGUUAACAUAUACCCUUUUCUCAGUUUAUAUCAAAAUGAAGAUUUCCCACAAGAUUUUGCAUUCUUCGACAGUGAUAGCAGAACAAUUGAUGACAAAAAUGCACAAUAUCACAAUGUGUUUGAUGCAAAUUUAGAUACCCUUGUUUGGUCAUUAAAAAAGAUGGGUCACCCUAACGUGACAAUCACGAUUGGUGAAGUUGGAUGGCCAACUGAUGGUCACAAACAUGCAAAUCUAAAUAAUGCAAAAAGGUUCUACCAAGGGUUCCUUAAGAAAAUGGCAAGCAAGAAAGGAACUCCACUUCACCCAGGACCUUUAGAUGUGUAUCUAUUUUCUCUUACUGAUGAGAAUUAUAAGAGUAUUGCACCUGGUAACUUCGAGCGUCAUUGGGGAAUUUUUCGAUAUGAUGGAAAGCCCAAGUUUCCAAUAGAUUUUUCUGGUAAAGGACAAGAGAAAUGGCCUAUAGAAGCAAAAGGGGUUCGCUACCAAGAGAAUAAAUGGUGUGUUUUCAACCAAGAUGCCAAGAAACUUAGUUCGUUACCAGAAUCAUUAAGCUAUGCUUGUGCACUUGGUGAUUGUACAAGCUUAGGUAGUGGUUGUUCUUGUGCAAAUUUGAAUGAACCUGGCAAUGCUUCAUAUGCUUUCAACCAAUUUUUUCAAAUAAGCGACCAAAGUGUUGAGGCAUGUGAUUUCAAAGGAUUGGCUAAAAUUGUUAGUGAGGACCCAACAAAGGGAAGUUGCUUCUUCCCUAUACAAAUCGUCAGUAGUGGAAAUUUGCUCAAAGUUAUGCAUAAGGUGGGAGGCCUUUUGAUCGGAUUUGCAUUGAUUUUCAUUACAUUUAUGUAA